GUAAUGGUGCUGUCACGUUUUCGGCGCGUUUUUGACACACGGCCUCGCCUCCCGAGCUGAAACUGAAACGAGAGAAGCUCACGGGUGGAGGAAGGGCAGGGGCGACCGUCUGCGGCUAAACCAGGCGUCCACACUUAGGGCACAAGCCUCCGUACGUCCCGUGUCAGUCCCGGAGGAAGAAAGAGGCGCGCGCAGUGGAGCCGCGGGUGGAGCGCCUUUAUUUACAUCUAUGGUGAAGUGAUGCCAGUGGAGUAAACCGGAGAGAGCCAUGCUGGAGGCGGACGCGGAUCCCGGCGCGGACGCAGUGCCCGGAGACGGGGAGAUGGAGCCGGGAAGCGGAGACCUGAAAUCUGAAGUGCUCCGGCUGACUCUGGAGCUUCAGGAGGCCACAGAGGAGAAGCUGCAGGCUGCGCGGUAUGGGCUGGUGGUGCUGGAGGAAAGCUCUGCCCUGAAGAUGAAGCACAGACAACUGGAAGAGGAACAUGAGACGCUCAAAGUGGAGCUGCAGCAGCUCAGAGAGGCGUUUGCAGAUUCUGUGAGCAGCCAAAAGCGUGCAGCUGCUGAUGGAGAAUGCCGUGAGGAAAGCUUACUGCAGGAAACUGCCUCCAAAGAGGCUGCCAUGGCAACAAGGAUGGAGGAGAUACAGGCGGAGCUAAAGCAGACGAGACUCGCUCUGAGUAACGCUCACGCUGAGAUCGACAGACUGGCCGUUCUGUCCACUCAGUUAAAGAAGGAGUGUGAAUGUCUGGAGGCUGAGAAAGGCCAUCUGAGAGACGAAAUGAAGGAGUUUAAAGUGCGAGAGCUGCGACAGCUACAGGACAACAGUGAACUAGAAGAAGAAAACACAUCUCUGCAAAAACAAGUGUCUGUGCUGAAGGAAAACCAGGUGGAGUUUGAGACCAUGAAGCUGGAGCUGACGCAGAGGAGCGAGGAGCAGGACGAGCUGAGGGCCCAGCUGGACGAGGCGGCGCGGCUGAAGGAGAUCGCGGAGCGGCAGCUGGACGAGGCUCUGGAGGCUCUGAGUGAGGAGCGGGAGCAGAAGAACUGUCUGCGCAGGGAGCUCUCUGCCCUGACCCUCAACCCCUUCGAGUCCAACCUGGAGCUACAUCUGGACCACCUGGACGACGGUCAGGAGGAGGGUCAGGGCGGAGACGCUGAGGGAGAGGAGCAGGACUCUGCCUUUAACAACAGUCCUGGGUCCACUCCCGGUUCUGCUAACCCUCCUCACUCUGCGGGCUCCAAAGCUAACGGCCUCGUCCACCGCUCGGGGCCGCGGCGAGCUCCGGCUUCUGGGCUGGUGUCCGACCUCCUGAGCGAGCUGCACUUUUCUGACAGCCAGAAACUAAAACAGCAACUUUUACAGGUUGAACGAGAGAAAUCAGGCCUGACCAGUAAAGUGGAGGAGCUUCAGAUGCAGCUGGUGAUGUCCAAACAGGCUCUGAGUCAACACGAGGACAAGGUGGAGGCUCUGACCCGGGAGCUGGAGGCCGUGAGGAACGGCUCUCGCCCCAAAACGGGAGGAGACGAACCAGAGAACGGAGAAGUGUUUGACUAUGAAGUGGACACCAAGAGUAAGGAGGUGCUUGAAGCCAGGAUGCGAGCCGCCAGCGAAGAACUGUUGAAACUCAGAGAUGAGCUGUCUCAAGCAGGAGCCCGGUACAACAACCUGGAGCAGAGAUACAAACAGGAGAAGGAGCGAUGGAGGUCUGAGGCUCAGGAGCUCGCAGAUAAAAUCAGGCACUGCAUCAAGUCCAGCAAACAAGACCAAGAACGCAUCACCGAGCUGGAGAAGGAGAUCGGGGCCACGAGGAAAGUGGCCAUCGAUUCAGAGGGGCAUUUGAGCGUCGCACAGGAAGAGCUGCUCGCCUUCUCCGAGGAGCUGUCCAACCUCUACCACCACAUCUGCGUCUGCAACAACAUCACGCCCAAACGAGUGACUCUGGACUACUACAGAGGAGGCGGGGGCAGCGGGCGGAGGCUAGUCCACCCUCAGCACAGCGUCCCGAAGAAGCGCCCAGAUGAAACGUUCAUCUCCAAAGCGGCGGCGCUGCAGUUCAUGGGCGAGGUGGACAGCUGCGGGACCAGUGGGGAGUCCUCCAGCUGCCCGGGGUCCCCCACGCUGGACUUCAGGGACCCCUCCAAUGUGCGCAACCUGGUGGCCGUCAUACGCUGCCAGAUCAAACACCUCCGGGUGGCAGUAGACGUGUGUCGUCAGCAGGGGGCCAUGCCGUACUCCGGGCUCAGUGCCAGCGUGGAGGCCGAGCGCGACACCGAGAGCCUGAUGGAGGAGGUCCUGAAACUCAAGUCGCUCCUGAGCACCAAGAGGGAGCAGAUCGCGACGCUCAGGACUGUGCUGAAGGCAAACAAACAGACGGCAGAACUCGCUUUGUCCAACCUCAAAACCAAGUACGAGACAGAAAAAGGCAUGGUGUCUGAGACGAUGGUGAGACUCCGCAACGAGCUGAAGGCGCUGAAAGAAGACGCCGCCACCUUCUCCUCGCUCAGAGUCAUGUUCGCCAGUCGGUGUGAUCAGUACGUCACUCAGCUGGACGAGAUGCAGAGGCAGCUGGCGGCGGCGGAGGAUGAGAAGAAAACUCUGAACUCUCUGCUGCGGAUGGCCAUCCAGCAGAAACUGGCCCUGACCCAGCGGCUGGAGGACCUGGAGGCCGCGCCCAUGUCCCCUCACAGUCUGAACAGCAGCCCACGCCGCUCCCGCACGAAAGAGCUCGCCGCGAAAUCGGGCCGCGCCGCCCGCAGCCCCCGAGCCAGCCCCGCACGGACCCCCAUGAGGAGCAGCCCCCGAGCCAGCCCCGUCCCCGGCAACAGCGUCCCCGCCAUGGCGACGCACCACCUCCGAGCCCUGACGCGGAGCCUACACGCGAGCCCGCACACGAGCCCACGCUGAAACACUCCUUCCAUUACUUCAGCUCCCCACUUCUUCAUAAGGACGUGUCUUCAUGUUGACUCCUGGCUCCUCCUCCUUCCUCCCCCGACUCAAGACCCUGUUCAUCCCUGAUCUGGUGACACAUUCCCCAACAUGGACCUUUUAAAGAAGACCUAUUGUGCUUGAGCCUGUUCUAUAGUUAGAAUCUACGACACCCGUGGAUCGUUAUGGUAUAAUUUGCACAUUUUAAGUCAUAAUAUUCAUUUAAAACGACUUAAUAAAUCACGUAGUAAAGACUGCGGUGCCCGGUGGGAGCUGACGUCGCCGUAAACGUAAAAGUUGUCGGCCCCUCCUACGAUUUUUCUUUUCAUUAUUACCAAAAUGACGACGCAACGCUGCCGAAUCCUACGUGUAUCAUCGAUUUAAGAAAAUAAAAUUGGUGAAGGAAGUAUUGGUGGCGGUUAAAACAGGUUGAUAGUCAAAAUAGCGUCUUGAAAAUGAGAUUAAAUAUUGCUCAAACGUGCACGAAUCACUCCAAAAACAACUUUGCGAGGUUAAAAGAGAAAAGGAAACCGCUACAACACGGUUCAAAUCUCUGACAAGUUGGUUUUGCAUAAUAAGUCUGCUUUAAAGUUAAACUCUCUCAUUCAGUCCGAUGGGUUUCCUCUUGUUACGGGAAACCCGCCCCCUGGAGUCGGAUGAAGAGACUGACGCUGCUCAUCGCUUUUGUGAAGUCACUGAUUUUGUCUUGUCUGAAGUAGCUCCAUCUUAGAUCCUCCAUCUUAGAUCCUGUUUCAUGAAGAAUUGUUUUGUGUUAAACCACUAUCAGUAUUUGGUCCCUGAAGUGCAGUGAGCGCUGAGCCUCGGCCUGUCACGAAAAAGACUCAAGUGCAACAGACAAAGACUCAAGUGCAACAGACUCACGAAAAAGACUCGAGUGUAACAGACUCACGAAAAAGACUCAAGUGCAACAAAGACUCACGACAAAGACUCACGACAAAGACUCACGACAAAGACUCACGACAAAGACUCACGACAAAGACUCACGACAAAGACUCACGACAAAGACUCACGACAAAGACUCACGACAAAGACUCAAGUGCAACAAAGACUCACGACAAAGACUCACGACAAAGACUCACGACAAAGACUCACGACAAAGACUCACGACAAAGACUCAAGUGCAACAAAGACUCACGACAAAGACUCACGACAAAGACUCACGACAAAGACUCACGACAAAGACUCACGACAAAGACUCACGACAAAGACUCACGACAAAGACUCAAGUGCAACAAAGACUCACGACAAAGACUCAAGUGCAACAAAGACUCACGACAAAGACUCACGACAAAGACUCACGUGCAACAAAGACUCACGUGCAACAAAGACUCACGUGCAACAAAGACUCACGUGCAACAAAGACUCACGUGCGACAAAGACUCACGUGCGACAAAGACUCACGUGCGACAAAGACUCACGUGCGACAAAGACUCACGUGCGACAAAGACUCACGUGCGACAAAGACUCACGUGCGACAAAGACUCACGUGCGACAAAGACUCACGUGCGACAAAGACUCACGACAAAGACUCACGUGCGACAAAGACUCACGACAAAGACUCAAGUGCGACAAAGACUCACAACAAAGACUCAAGUGCAACAGACGGACUGUCAGGAUAACGCGUUAGGGUUUGAUAUAUCGCUGAAGUAAAUAUAAAAGAUAAACUGUAAUAUUAAAAGUCUGUGUGUCCCUCAGUCGUCCAGGUCUGAUCCAGAGCAAAAGACAAAGUUUCAAUCCGUCAGCUGGACAAAUCGUAAAUCGAUUUAAACUUCGUCUUUUGCUUCAGUAAUAUUGAAACUAAUUUAAUUUAUGCCACUGACACAAAAACCCAAGAGCAGAUUUAAACUAUUUAAAAUCUUCAAUAAUAUUCAAAAUCAUGAGCUGCAAGAAAUAAACAGCAGAAAAAAACACUUUAGUCGUUAGUUUGAGUCUGUAAUUAAGUUAUUUAAUCUAAAGUUUUACAGCUUAAAUCUUAUUUUAUUCUCAAAAAAUAACCAAUAGUUUCCCAAUAGUGCAAAGAAAAACUAAACACGAUGAAUAUUGACCCAAAAAAAUUACUGUUCCAUCGUUUAUAAACUGAACCAUAAAUAGAAAUAGUGAUUAUUGUGACCGGUUUAGCAAAUAGAAAUGAUCACGUAAACCACAUGUGUCAAACUUAAGAUCAUUUUGACUCAGAAUAACCUUAAAUCAGGAUGAGGGUUUUCAUUUUACGUCAUUUAAAAACAUGAACUGGACUAAGGGAUAAAUAGAGUGAUAAAAGUCAGAAAGAAUAAAAGAAUUUUCUUAGAUCAACGUAACAUCUGAGCUGAAGAGAAUUUACUGAUAUCGACUUACAGAUAUCGCUUCUGACGAUAUCCUGGUUGGACAGAUCGAUGUAAUGAGACUAUGAGACCAACCAGAACCGUAUUUUCCGGACUAUACGUCGCUCUGGAGUAUAAGUCUCACCAGCCAAAAAAAAAAAAAAAAAAACUAAAUAAUGAAGAAAAAAACAUGUACAAGUCGAAAUUUAUUUUGCAAAUCCGAGACCAAGAACAGACAUCGUAUCUUUUAAUAAUAAUCCAGUUUGUUUUAAGGAAAUAAAAUGCAGUUUCCAGUCUCUGCUCUGGUAUCGGUUCAUAUAUCGACACGUUCUUAAAGCCAUAGUAUCGAAAUCUGUAUCGGAACUGAAAAAGCUGGAUUGGUGCGUCUGUAGUUGAGUUUCCAAGAAGUGCAAAGAAAAGUUUUACACGAUAAACCGAGUCAUAAAAACAUUCAAAUCCGUCU